CACCCAAUUUGCACAGCCCACAACUGAUCACAACAAACCCUUUAACCUGUGCUCUAUGAAUCAUUGCAGUCGUGGACCGUCCUAUAGCUCGAACCUUUUUCUUAUUUAUUCAUAGUCAAAUUUCUUUAACGCUGGCCAUAUUCGAUUUUGUUCUUGUCCGCUUCCCUUUGCUGGUUAAACUUUACGCUUUAAAUUCCGAAAGAAAUACCAUGCCCAAACUGAUCCAAUUAGAUGGCACAACCCUUGAGGGUGGCGGACAGUUACUUCGCAUUGCUAUUGGUCUUUCGGCAUUGAUACAGCAACCAUUGAAAAUCUUCGAUAUCCGUGGUAAACGCAGCGGAGGAGGUGGCUUAAAGUCACAACAUUUGACAUGUGUUCGGUGGCUGUCAAGAGCAUCUGGUGCGCCAACGAUUGGAGCGGAAAAGAAAUCACGAUCAUUAGAGUUCUUUGCAAAUGACCACGAUCAGUCAAGCUUAAAGCUUGUCAAUUGCGGCUGGAACAAGAUGGAUACUGUCAUUGAAAUUGGCAGUCCAGGAGCUAUUGGACUUGUUCUGCAAGCUAUCCUACCGUAUGUGCUAUUUGCAGGCGCACUGCACACCAACGAAGAAAUGGUGUAUAUUUCAAUCAAAGGAGGGACAAACGUGAGCAACAGUCCAAGCGUUGACUACAUCGAACGAGUAAUGUGUCCCAUGCUAGAAUUGAUUGGCCUGCCGAGGAUCGAGAUUAACUGCAGAGCUCGGGGAUGGAGCACAGGAAAACCAGAAAUAGGUACAGUUACGUUCGGAAUCAAGCCUUUACGUCUGGGGGAGAGCCUGAAAGGGUUUGAAAUUGCUAAACGAGGAGAAAUCAUAAGAAUCGAAGCGAUUGCACUUGGACCGCGAAGCAGCGAGAAAAUAUUCCAUAAGGUGUUAAAAACUGCUCUUGCAGAGUUUGGACUACAAGAUGUACCACUCGACAACAUUUUCGAGCUGAGUGGGCAUGAGAAGCGCUUGUACAUCUUGCUUGUCGUCCACAUGUCAACGGGGAUCCGCUUUGGAAGGGACAAUCUCUAUCAGGAACGUGUCUCGACUUUGGAGCGCGCUGUCACAAAAAUGGUUUAUACAGCCCUGGGUGAACUCAAGACGGAAUUGGAUCAUGACGGAUCUGUAGAUGAGUUCAUGAGAGACCAACUGGUUGUGUAUCAAGCACUGGCUCAGGGGAGGAGCAAGAUCAUUUUUGGUGCGUCGAAACCAAGCUUACACACGCAAACGGCUCAAUGGGUUACCAAUCAAAUCCUCCAAGUCGAGGGUACUGAUGAUAUGAACGGUGUCGGAUGGGUUGUGGGCCAAAAAUGGACAAAAGAAGGUGUUGACGACCUGUUGGUCAAAAUCAAGAGCAUAGAGCUUGAUAGGUAA